CGGUGCCUCCCGGCGAUGCCGGCGCUGCCGGCGGUCCUGGCGCUCGUGGCCGCGGCGCUGCUGGCGCUGCUCGGGGCCCGGCGAGCGACCGCCCCCGGCGCCUGGUCCCCGCUGAAGCGCUGGGCCCUGGGCUGCCUCCUGCUCUGCCACGGCGCCUGGAGGCAGCGGGCGGCCGCAGGAGGCACCGCCGAGCCGCGCCGGCCGCGCCCGCUGCGCCCCGACCCGCAUGCUCUGGAUUCCGUGUACUUCACUGGCUUUGCAGAGACCAACAAGACCUUUGUGAUUGCUCGCCUUGCCAAACGUCCUGCGGGGAUGUGUGAGAUGUGGCUCUUCCUGAGGGUGGAGGGAAUAGGGGAGUUUGAACACCCACAACAUCCCAACAUGAUGGUGCCUGAUGAGUCUGAAGAGAUCUGGAGUGGAGGAGGGCUCACUAUUGAAUACUUGGAGCCCCAAAUGUGCUGGAAAAUAAGCUUUGAUGGAUUGCUCAGGAAAGGACCCUACAGACAGCAGUGGAGUGAAGAGGAAGGUGAACUUGUACCAGUUAAAUUCUCUUUGCAUUGGGAGAACUUCACAGAAGUUUUUAACUUUAAUGUUGACAGUCACCCCAGCACAUUUGCACGAGCUUUCGCCCAGGAACCCUGGACCAUCCAGUUCUUCCAGAGGGUCAAAAAACAAAGGGAACAACAUUCCCGACACGAGCAGUGGGGCCAGUCCGUGGGAGAAAUUGAAAUAGAAAAUCGUGAGAAAAUUGAACUUUCCCUCAAAGGGGUUCGGAGCCACUCUUAUGGUAUCAGGAACUGGGCUGAGAUUUACCGUUAUGUCAUGAUUUUGGCACACUUUGAAGAUGGGACUGCAGCACAUUUAACAGUUAUUAAUAUUCCAGCUACCACAACUAACCUCACUGUAGGUUAUGUGUUUUUCCCUGAUGGGAGGAAGGCUGGCAUUGAGUGGUCCAACGCCUCUCUGGCUGAGAUGGCUGAGGAUGGUGUUAUCCAGGAUGAGUAUGGAGUCAGUUUUACUGCUGGUGGCAAGGACUUUGCUGUCUCUGCAGUGCUGGAUAAGCAGACCUGCCCCGUGGUGUUCAAUGGCCUGGUGGGAAGUGGCGUUUUCCAUGAGUGCAUUGCAGAUUUCCGACUGGAUGGGUCAACACAAGGCUGGGGCUUGGUUGAAUUUUAUUACAGGGACGAGGCCGCCCAGCUGGUUCCGAAUUUGCAGCUUGGUCCCAAAACUUAAGGACCUCACCCUGCCACUGAUGCCUCUCUCCCCCAUGAUCAUCUACAAGCUUGUCCCAGCAAUGUUAGCAAGCAGCAGCUUUCCAAAAAAGUAUUAUUCUCUGCAAAACGCACUGGUUUGAGUGCGGAACUCGUCACCGGAUGCCGUGGAGGUCGGGGGUAUAAAAGGAUUUGGAGAGAAAUGAGAUAUAUUUUUAUUAGAGCAGUUCUUAAUGGUUGCUAACCAUGGUGGUCUGGAGGCAGUUUAAAGGAGAGCUCUGAGCAGCUGAUUGCAGGAGGAGUGCUCUGGGAGGGAUCACCCCACGCUCUGUCCCUUGGUGUUGUUCCUAAACUGCAGCUGCUCCCAAACUGCAGCUGCUCCCCACCAUAAAGCCCAGGACCCCAGGCUGUGUGGAUCUCUGACCCAACUUAGCACCUCUUCUGUUCUUUCAGGUUUGUUUUUGAAAUAAAAUCUGUAUCUUUC